GGAUAAAUAAGAUAAGAUUUUUUAUAUAUUUUUUGAGAAUGAUAAGAUAGCAAAAGCCACCGCUCUGUUUAUCAUCGUCACACGGGAUUUCACGGAUUUUCUCUUCUUCUGGGUUCCUCUUCUGACUUCGAUUUUCAUCUGCAGGAAUGGCAAAGAGUUACUUCAAGCAAGAACAUGAUCUUGAGAAGAGGAGGGCUGAGGCUGCUAGGAUUAGGGAGAAAUACCCGGAUAGGAUUCCGGUGAUUGUGGAGAAGGCAGAAAGAAGUGAUAUCCCAAACAUUGAUAAGAAAAAGUACCUUGUUCCGGCCGAUCUAACUGUAGGACAAUUUGUUUAUGUCAUCCGCAAAAGGAUUAAAUUAAGUGCAGAAAAGGCAAUCUUUAUAUUUGUGGACAAUGUUCUUCCACCAACAGGUGCAAUUAUGUCUGCCAUAUAUGAAGAGAAGAAGGAUGAAGAUGGCUUUCUCUACGUCACUUACAGCGGUGAGAACACAUUCGGUUCCCAGAUCCCAAGUUAGCCCCUGUUUAUUUGGAUACCAACCCAUCUUUCUUCCGGUGCCGGUCUCGACUGCUUGUUCUGAUGCUUCGGUUAUUAACUUGUUUUGCCUGCUUCAUAAACACCUGUUUAUUAAAUGGUGAAAAUUUGUAUAGUCGCAUACUGUAAAUAAUUUCUAAGCUCUCGGUUUAAC